UCGAUCACCGAUAGUCACCAGAGUCAGCGAGGCGCAAAGACAGCUGGGACGAGCCAACAGUUACACAACAAACCUGCUCGGUGGCUCCCUGACAGGCUCACAAGUCACACACUAGUUUGCUCGGACAACUGUUUAACAUUUGGAUCUUAUGGCUGAGAGUGAGGAUAUCUUCCUCAGGGCUAAACAUCGGACUUUCAGCGGACUGACUGAAGAUGCAGAGCAUGAAUGGACAGGACCGUUUUGCUUCAUCCAGGCUGCGGACCCCCAGCUCGGGCUGAUGAAGGCCUGGAGGGACGGCGACUGCGACGGUGGAGGGGAUGAAUGGGCCGAAGAGGUCGAGCUCACUAAGCAGGCCGUGGAGGCUGUAAACCAGCUCAGACCCAGGCCGAGGUUCAUGGUGCUUUGUGGUGACCUGGUUCAUGCCAUGCCAGACACUCCAUUCAGAGAGAGUCAGGAGCAAGACCUGAAGGCGGCCUUGAAGGGGACAGAUCCCACCAUCCCGUUGGUGUUUGUCAGUGGGAACCAUGACCUGGGCAACACUCCUACUCCAAGGACACUGGAGCAAUACUGCAGCGCUUGGGGGAACGACUAUUUCAGCUUCUGGGUGGGUGGUGUCUUCUGCCUGGUUCUGAACUCCCAAUUGUUCUAUGAUGCCUCGGCCUGCCCUCAUCUGAAGGAGGCCCAGGAGAUAUGGCUGGAGGAGCAGCUGAGCAGAGCCUCCUCCUCAACGGAACCCAAACCCAAACACAUCCUGGUGUUCCAGCACAUUCCUCUGUACCUAAAGAGCCCAGAUGAGGAGGAUGACUACUUCAAUCUGCAGAGGGUAGUCAGGCAAGACCUGCUGGACAGGUUCAAGAAAGCAGGGGUGAAAGCUGUGUUCUCUGGCCAUUACCACCGAAAUGCCGGCGGUUGCCACGGCGGCUUGGACAUGGUCGUGAGCUCUGCCAUCGGAUGCCAGCUCGGCGAGGACACUCAUGGCGUCAGGGUCGUGGUAGUGACCGCUGACAGUGUCAUCCACCGCUACCACAGCCUGGAGCAGCUGAGUGCACAAGGCAUGGACGAGGACCUCAGGAAGCUCCUGCAGGUCUGAAGGCCAAAGGAGGGAAAAUCACAAACAUGUAGCUUGUUUUUUUGUUUUGUUUUGUUUUUUUGUACAGUUCAAGCCCUUGUUCUUAGAGGCACGCAAGAGGUGGUUUUUGGAGAGUGGUGUGUUGGUCAACUCAUAUCAGCAGAUAAGAAUGUAAAAUAUUGAAAACAUUCAUACUAUAUGUUGCUUGUAAAUCUUUUCUACCAGCAAACAAGUGUUUUAAAAGGGUAAAGUUGACCAAUGGCUCAUUCUCCAAAAAUUCUACAUAUUCAUUCAAGUGAAAAAAAAAAAAAAACAUCU